UCAUCACACUCCAUGACCCCAUUCACCCUUCUUCGUCCCCCUCUUCUUCUUCUUCUUCUUCCCUCUACCUCCUUUCGCCACUCGUCUCCUUCGCAUCACCCCGGCGCUCCAAGAGCACUCUCACGAAUACUUCCCAACUCGCACUCCCGCUGACUGGUGCCAGUGGUCCAUCAAGACCCCAUCCGAAUCCCUCCCUCUCUCCUUUCAAUGAUGCCAUCCAUACCACCACUGGGCCGCUCAUUGGUUCUCUUCAUCGGCUGUGCAGUCUUUGUCCAGUUCAUCUUCUUCAUCAGAAGCAAUCUCUUCUCCACCUCCCCCCAUCGAGACUUCCCCGAGCCAUACGACUCACCAUCCUUCCACGGGGCCGACCCCACCAGGAACCGACACCCGACCGUCCCUCUCUCCCUCCACGACCUCGAGAUCCUCGAUGGACUCUCAGACACUAUCGCCGAAACCGAAGCCUACCGCGUCUUCGAGGACAAGGAAGCCGGACGAAUCCACGGCACGACCAUCAAGAACAAUCCCUUGCUCGUCAGACAGAUCAGGGACCAGAUCCGAUGCUGGACCACCCAUGGCUCCUGGCAACGACAGGGCAACGAGUUCCAGACCCUCAAACACCUAGGCGACUCACGCUUUACCAAAUGCGACAAGAACUUUAUUAAGGCACUCGAUCGUGAAGGCAAUGGACACUAUCUGGGCGAAUUCGAUCAUGUCAACAACCGACUCCUGAUCCGUGAGGCCGUCAAGUAUAAAUGGGUUCCGGACGAAAAGAUCUGCGGACCGGGUUCAGGACCAGGAAUGAUGGGACUCGAGGACGACAGAGCAGAAUAUCGGUCCUAUACCAAAUCGAAAUUCUGUCAGGCGAUCGGAAAACGGAACCUCUUGGUCGUCGGCGACCUCACGCAGUAUCAGCUUCACGACGUGAUCGUAUCAGCCUUCCAGUCCUCGUUCGUCUGCUAUGGAGAGCUAGGCUGUCUCCAUCACAGUUCCCAUGGGCUCUGUCAGAACGUUGCAGUCAAGUACGCCAGGAACGACUUGCUCUCCGUUCCCUGGGCAGUCGACCCCGAGGCGGAUGAAUUCCCCAGUGCAUCGACGGUCGAGCAGACAUGGGCGACACCGGAUAUGCUGCUUCAGUACCCGAUCUUGAUCCUGAACAGGGGCCUGGUCUGGAGACCAGACGAGGUGUUUUUGAGCGAGCUAGUCUUUACGAUGAAACAUAUCUGGAAGUAUUACCCCAACACCUUGGUCCUCUACCGUGCCACACAUCCGAUCUCGCCCAAUUGCACACAGUUCAAGAACGAGGGCGAGGAUGAGGCCAUCGCCGACAAUUUUGGCAAGCCUAUCUCUGCGGGAACUGUUCUCCGGAAACCGCUUGAUACGCCACCCAAGAGACAGGAGUCUCAUCAUGAAGGCAAGGAAGAAUAUCGGCCCACGUUGGCGGAUAUUCAACGACAGAACCGGAUGGCGAAACGGGUAGUCGAGGCCGCUGGAGGCAUCUAUCUGGACACGGAGGCCAUGUUUGCGAUGCGACCGGAUGGACGGAUGGGCGAUGGCGAUUGUUCAAGGUUCUGUGCUCCAGGCCCAUUGGAUGCAUAUGCAGACCUGCUCUACAAUACCUUUAGGAUCCUGCAAUAGUGAAUCUCUCUUUUUCUUUCUUUAUGUAGAUAUUGUAAUAUGUUUAGUCCGCAUCCGUCCACUGCCCAUUGAACAAUAUUGUCUGAUGCGUGAAAUGCCAGUAUUAUUCGUUUCUUU